UUGAAAUAAUAUCCAUUAUUACCAAUUGGACGCUGGAAAUGGACGAUUACGAUAUUUCUGCCGGAUCAGUUGCAUCCUGGUUUAAUACCUUUUCGUUGAUAUCUUUUCUGGGAUCUGGGACGUUCGGUUACGUUUUCAAGGCGGUAAUUUGAAGGUCAGUGGACAAGUAGACCUUUCCGCCGUAAAAAUAAUAUUCAUCGGUGGCCUUGGAGACACGCCAAAAGACGAAGCUGAGAAAUAUCGACUUUUCCGAGAAUACAAACUAAUGAAGGGCAAGAAACACGAUAAUAUAGUCGAAAUCUUGAAAGCAACUCACAAACCUUUCACUAUGGUGGAUAUCCACGUCUUGCUGAAAAUUCCGUGCCUUCAAAACAAUUACAAAAUCUUGGACCAGUUUCAACUCAUCUAUCUUCGCGCACAACGAGGAACCAAAAUUCCAUCGUUGUGCAUCGAAAUGGAGCUGUGUGGGCGAGCUAAUAAUGAGACAGACAAUCCAGCACUGCAUCGGAUUCGAAAUCGGAUUGUUAAGGAUAUGUAUGAAGGAUUAAAAUACCUCCACCGUCAUCACAUCAUGCAUCGAGACUUUCGCCCGGAAAAUAUUAUGUUUUCAUUAUCCCGCACGGAAGAAGAAGAGUUCGCAUUUCCCGUAAAAGUUGGAGAUUUUGGUCUAUGUCGACAAAUCCAUAGCGCGGCAACUGCGACUAAAACACUAACUCCCGAAGUAGGAAAUGCCAUAUAUCGUGCACCUGAAGCUAACUCGCUGAACUACGGCUUCCCCGCAGAUUGGUUCUCCUUUGGUUUGGUGUCUUGGGAGGUUCUACAGCAAAUUAUGCAGAAAGAUACAAGAUCAAUGUUCUACUAUCUGGUGCAUGAUCUAAGAACUAGUCUUGUUAAGCGUGCAGCUUGGUGGUUUCGAGAUUUGGAAAAUGUCAUUGUUUCCCUGACAAAAAGCCGCCCGCAGGACAGAAUUGACCCGUUUAAGUCUGAAGUAAUCUUUGAAUCAGUAGAACAACUUCAUACGUUCUCGCGGUCCAACUCGUCGCGGGAAUAUUACGUUUCUGAAAUGGCUUCUAGUGGAGAGCCAGUCUCUAUCUUAACGAUGACUUAUGACAAGAUCACAAUUAACAUAAACGUAAUGAAAUCCAUUUUUGACAAAAUUGGAGGCCAUAAUUUAAUGUAUCAAUACAAUUUAAUACAAUUUAAUACUUGUAAUUUAAUACAAGGGGAAUUACCGUCCAAAAAUGUAACAAGUUUCCCAAGUGGAAAGCAACAUCUGAAACCACUCAACCUCUACUCUGCUCUCGCGCUUCCUCUGUGUGCAUCUACGUGCACAAGUGGAAGAAUUGGUGAUAUGACAAUGAAGGAGGAGUUAAUUUGUAAACAUUUUGUAUCAUAAAAGUAUUGCACAUUGCCAAAGUCAAUUCAGUAAUAAAUCGACCUUCGGACAAGUAA